AUGCUCAUGCGAUCAGGCAGAAGACACCUUAGCCUCCAUCACGCCGCCACAUUACGGCCAUCCCAACCUCUCAUAAAAUGCAUCAGUGCAAGCACAAAUUUGGCAUGCUCCAGCAGGAGAAGCCUCGUCACGAAAUCUGAGCUGCGGAUCUUCAAGAGGAGGCGAAGCUUCGGCGCUGCCGCAGGAUUUUCCCACGGACGCACUCUGGCCACCGCAAUGGACGACGUCCCUCUCACGGAGCCAUCGUCCUUUGGCGGCAUGAAGGCCGCAGCGAUGCCCGCCUAUCCUUCGAUGAUCAACCGACCCAGAUACCACGACCUCCGCGCCUUUGACCCCUCUUCGCCCCUGAGGGUUCAGGAGGCUACGGCCCCUAUUCCCCGAGCCCGAACAAGUCUCACGGGCGUCCCUGGUGACGUGGAUGAGAUGGUCGCCAUCUUCGACGCCUGCCUCCGAGUCGACAACCUGGAACGUGCUGGCCUCGUCCUCAAGCGUCUCGGUGCAGUGGAGGGCGUACCGAGCCAGGAGCUCAUGAUUCUUGGCAACCAGUUCCUGCGGGCCUCUCUCGAGCAGCUGCGCUCGCAUCCUGACAGGAAACAAGCCGGAGAUCUGCACAAGUGGUACGAGCUGUUCGUUCGUGGCAAGGGUCUGCCUCAGACCGCCGAGACCGUGGCAUGCAUGUUGAAGGCUUCUCUGCUCUCUGAACACCAGCCCGGCAGGCUCGACCGCCUGGUGCUGCGUUAUAUGAGCAUGGCACCGGGCGAGGCUGGUCUGCGGGUCUUGUCCAUGGCCGACAUUCUGAAUGAUCAAGAUCUUGCCACCAUCACAGAAGUCUGCCCAACGUACAACCUCGCCCCCGAAGAGCCUUCUGCCGCAGUUGAGGAAGCCGAGGAAAAAGCCACCCAGCCCACUCGCCUCCCGCCCCAGCUUCUUGGCGAGCUUCCUGAAGUCCUGGCCACCCCUCAAAAGGGAUUCGGUCUCAAGACUCUCAAGCAGACUCUAACCCUUUUCGACAAGAUGCCUCAGGACUGCGAUAUUUCGACCCUCUCCUACGAGCAACAACGCGAGAUUCAGGCCCGGCUGGAACGUGACUGUAUCGACGCAGCCGUCGAGCGAUGGCGCGAGGAGAACGAAUCGCUGAAGAAGAUGGGUCUCAACAGCUCCGUGUCCGCCGCUUCUUUGAACUCGCGUCUCUACGACUGGCAGCUCGCCCUGGAAGCUCGCCUCACCGACGAGAUGCGCAAGGUUGAACUCGCCGAGGCCAAGCCCAGGAAGACCCCCGAAGACUACGAUCGUUGCACAUACGGCCCUUUCCUCCGACUCUCCACCCCCAGCCGCUUGGCUGCGGUAACAAUUCUCGGCACCCUGAGCUCCACGGCCAUCCUUGGUGUCGACAAGGGCAUGCCCCUCUCGGCAGCUCUGAGCAGCCUCGCGAAGCUGGCUGAGGAGGAUAUUCGCGCGCAACUGACCGUCCAGAACAGCAAGACGAAGACAAACAAGUCGAAGCGGAGGCGGGUUGUGCAGGUCGCCAGCAAGUCGUCAAAGCUAGAUGCUGUGCGCGCUGAGCUCGGCGCCGAGGGCGAAGUCAAGCCGCUCGCCAAGGACACUGAGCCAAGGGCAGACACUCCGUGGCCUGUUGCCGUCAAGGCCAAGGUUGCCGCUGCUCUUCUUUCCGCUCUAAUCGAUACGGCCAAGAUCAAGGUCGUCAAGGAACACCCCGAGACCAAGACGCUCAUCAGUCAAUACCAGCCGGCCUUCUCGCACGCCACCCAGCUCCGCCGUGGUAAGAAGAUCGGCAUGGUCCUGCUCAACAAGGAGCUCGUCAACAUUAUGAAGCGCGAGCCGCAAGGCGAUUUCCUCGCCAAGCACUUGCCCAUGGUUGUCAAGCCCGAGCCAUGGUCCAAAUUCGACAAGGGUGGCUUCCUUGAGAGCACGAGUAACCUCGUCCGCGUCAAGCACGGUGACAAGGAUCAGAGAAUCUACACCGAGGCGGCCAUUGCUCGAGGUGACAUGGACCAGAUCUUCAAGGGCCUCGACGUCUUGGGCCAAACGGCAUGGCGCAUCAACGCACCUAUCCUCGAGGUCAUGCUCGCAGCAUGGAACAGUGGAACGGCCCUCGCAAACAUUCCCGCCCUGAACCCUGAUGUUCACGUCCCUACCGAACCUGCCGCGUCUGAGGACCCGACGGAGCGUCGCCUUUGGCUUCGCGCUGUCAAGGCUGCCGAAAAUGAGCGAGGUGGUCUACAUUCUGUUCGUUGCUUCAUGAACUUCCAGCUUGAGAUUGCUCGCGCGUUCCGCAACCAGACCUUCUACUUCCCCCACAACAUCGAUUUUCGAGGCCGCGCCUACCCCUUGCCAACAUAUCUCAACCACAUGGGCGCCGAUCACGUCCGCGGCCUCCUCCGCUUUGCCGAUGGCAAGGAGCUUGGUGAAAAGGGCCUCAAGUGGCUAAAGGUUCACCUCGCCAAUGUCUACGGUUUCGACAAGGCCAGUCUGCGGGACCGCGAGUCUUUCGCCAUGGACAAUCUGGUCAACAUCUUCGACUCGGCCAGCAAGCCCAUGGAGGGCAACCGGUGGUGGCUCAAGGCUGAGGACCCGUGGCAGUGCCUCGCCGCGUGCUUUGAGCUCAAGGCCGCGCUUGAAUCGCCGGAGCCGACCAAGUUUGUGUCUCACCUUCCCGUACACCAGGAUGGAACGUGCAACGGUCUUCAGCACUACGCCGCACUGGGCGGAGACACAUGGGGUGCCAAGCAGGUCAACCUCGAGCCCGGCGACAAGCCUGCAGACGUCUACUCAGCCGUUGCCAACAUUGUCAAGGACUACAUCGCGAAGGAUCUCGAGACGAACAACCCAUUCGCCAUUGCAGUCAACGGCAAGAUCACGCGAAAGGUCGUCAAGCAGACUGUCAUGACCAACGUGUACGGUGUCACGUUCCAGGGCGCCAAGAAGCAGGUCCUCAAGCAGCUUGAUGCCAUUUACCCCAAUCUUCCCAUAGAGAGUGGCAUCAGCUCAAUGAUGCUUGCCUCGUACAUUGCGACUCUCAUCUUCAAGGCUCUGUCGUCCAUGUUCAGGGGCGCCCACGAUAUUCAGUACUGGCUGGGUGAGAUUGGUGGCCGCGUUUGCCGUGCCCUCUCCGCGGAGCAGCUAGAGCGGAUCGCGGCUGACGGCAUCAUCGUCUCGCCAUCGUCGGUCAACCGGUUCAAGAUUACAGAGAAGAAGGAGUCGUCGACGGAUGACCUUCUCGCGCAGUUCCGCGCCACGAUUGUGUGGACGACGCCUCUCCGCAUGCCCGUCGCUCAACCGUACCGCAAGUCAGGCACGCGCAUCAUCAAGACGUCUCUGCAGGACUUGUCGCUCACGGUGCCGGAACGUUCCGACCCCGUCAACCGCAAGAAGCAGCUGCAAGCGUUCCCGCCCAACUUUAUCCACUCCCUCGACGCCACGCACAUGCUGCUCUCGGCACUCGAGUGCUCGGAGCUGGGGCUGUCGUUCGCCGCCGUUCACGACUCGUUCUGGACCCACGCCGCCGACAUUGACUCGAUGAACCGCGUGCUUCGCGACUCGUUCAUCCGCAUUCACGAAGAAGACGUCAUCGGGCGCCUCGCUGCCGAGUUUGAGGCUCGGUACAAGGGCUCCAUCUACCUGGCCAAGGUCAACUACGGCACGGCGGUCGAGAAGGAGGUUGCGGCGUGGCGCAAGCAGAACAGGAUGAACACCAAGGAGGAGCUUCUGCUGGAGUACAAGAGGCAGCAGCUGCUGCGUUCCGACGAUGCGGCGCAGGUCGAAGAGGGCCGUCAGAUGGUGACGCCGGCGAGCAUUUUUGAUUCGAUGGCGUCAUCCGAGGCGCUCGCGCAGCCGGAGGACAUGGAGGAGCUCGGUCUCGGCGAGAUUCCCGAGGGCGCCAACUCGAUUGAAGCGAUCCAGGCCGAGGCGCUCGCCGCGGCGCGCGCCGAGUAUGCGGGCGAGGGCGGCGAGGAGGGCGAGGACGUCGAGGAGGCGUCGUCGGCGGCCACGGCCGACGAGGGCGCGACGACGGAGGACUGGGGCAAGGUGGUCAGCGCCAUGGACAAGUCGCACUUCACCAGCGUCGUGUUCGCGUCGGAGGAGUCGAAGAAGCGCAAGCCGGUGCAGAGGACGAUCCAGAUCUGGUUGCCGUUGUCGUUCCCGGCGAUCCCGAAGAAGGGCGAUUUCGACGUGCGACGACUACGGGAGAGCGAGUAUUUCUUCUCGUGA